AUGCCUGCCCAAGUGGUGCCUGAUCAGAAAAACUUGCCACUGAUUAACAAAGAGAGCACCGCUGCCCCUUUCACUCCCCGAAGGCUGGAAGGGAAGGUAGCAAUAGUGACGGGUGGAGCCAGGGGCAUCGGCGAAGCAACUGUGCGACUGUUUGCAAGACACGGGGCUAAGGUGGUGAUCGGGGACGUGGAGGACGUUCUUGGACAUGCGCUGGCCGGCUCAUUGUCUCCUCAUGGCGUCACCUAUGUUCACUGCGACGUCAGCUCGGAAGGAGACGUGGAGAAGUUAAUCCAGUCGACGGUUUCAGGUUUUGGAAGGCUGGACAUAAUGUUCAACAAUGCCGGGGUUCUGGGAAGCCAGGCCAAGCACAAGAAGAGCAUCGUGGAUUUUGACGCCGAGGAAUUUGAUCGAAUCAUGGGGGUCAACGUUCGAGGAGUGGCCCUGGGAAUGAAACACGCGGCCCGGGCGAUGAUUCCCAGGGGAACCGGCUGCAUCAUCUCGACCGCAAGCGUUGCCAGCGUCCUGGGGGGCCUGGGCCCCCAUUCUUACACCGCCUCCAAGCACGCCAUCGUCGGGCUGACUAAGAACGCCGCUUGCGAGUUGGGAAAGUACGGGAUCAGGGUAAAUUGCAUUUCGCCGUUUGGAGUGGCCACCCGGAUGCUGAUCAAUGCCUGGAGGAACUCCGAUAUCGAUGCUGCUGAAAAUGACGAUGACGAUGACGAUGAUGAAGAUGCUGCGGCGGCCAGGAUGAUGAGCAAAGCGGUGGAAAAAGCGGAGGAAAUGGUGAGAGGUUUGGCAAAUUUGAAAGGUGCGACGCUGAGGACUUCGGAUAUUGCGGAGGCUGCUCUCUAUCUGGCCAGUGAUGAAUCUAGAUAUGUAAGUGGCCACAAUCUUGUGGUGGACGGAGGAAUUACUACCUCCAGAAAUUGCAUCGGCUUGUAA